AUGGCGAAUACAGAGUUUCUACGAAAAGAAUCAUCAAAUAGUCUAGAAAAGGAUUUGUUCCCAACAAGAUGGUUAAAAUCAUACAGCUUCAAUGAAGCUUACAUUCUAAAUGAGAGAGAUGUUGGGCAAAAAGCUAGCAGUUACUACUGCUUCAAACUCUCUGUAAAAACUCCUGGAGUAGAUGCACCCCUAAGGUUCACACAGGCACAACCAUGUUGUUCUUUGUCAUACUACUACAUAUCCUUCUUGGUGACAAAACGUGAAUUGGGUGUCCUGAUAAAGAGCAGUAAUCCCAAAGGUUUCAAGUGGAUGAUCAUACAGUAA